AUGUGGCAUGUAAAGAGGGACAUUCGUCAAUUACUAAAGAAAAGUGUACCUGUGGAACAUCGUGAUUGGUCCAAAGCUAAUGACCUAAUAUGGAAGUUUCAACACGAGAAUAAUAUCGAACAUCUCAUUCGUUUGUACACACUUCAGACACCGUUCUGCGGUGCACUACAGCGAAAUGUUGAAUCAUUUGCGACUGAAAUCUACAGACAUUUGUCAAAGCUAGACAACCGAGCAUACAAAGGACGAACACAUCGUGGCUUGAUAAUGUCGUACACCGAUCUGCAUGAUUAUUACUGGGCAGUGCAAAAUAAAAGUAGUCGUCUAAUUGAGAUUAAGACUAUGUCUUCGACUUCGAUUGAUCGGAAUGUGGCAGAAUGUUUUACAACAAAUCGUGCUGAGCAUGAUUCCUGUGGUGUAAUGUGUAUAUUUGAUUUUCCUACGAAAUGUAUAACAGCGAUUAAUCUGUGUCAAAAACCAUGUUUGUCGGCAUUCGAAGAUGAAAACGAAGUGUUAGUGUUACCUGGAAUAUUAUUUGAAGUUAAAGGAAUACAAAAACAUGAUGAUGGGGAUAAUGGUCGCUCUACGAUUAUACUUUCGAAUAUAUCGGUUUCGAAAAAAAUUAUUAUGACAGCCGUGAAAAGGUUUGAAAAGGCAUAAUGUUAGGUCUUGGAAAAGUAUAUCAUUGCAAAAAAAGCUCAAAUAAUGUAGAUUUAUUUUAAGGUUGAAUCUACUGUUUCAUUUAAUGGUACAGUCAUCAAUUCAUUUAGUAUAUCUUGUUUUUCAACUUAAUUAUCCAUUGUACAAUGCAUGGUAUGCGAAAACUGUGUGACUAUGCUUAUAUAAUAGAUUCAUAUGUACUUUUGCUCGACUGUAAAUAUUUUUGGACUGUACUGAUGAUGGGUCAGUUUGACUCAAAAGCUCUACAGCAUAUUUAAAUAAAUAAAAUAAUAUUUGUGCUAUAUUAAUAGAUGAUAAAGCUGCACAAAACAAACUACGUUGGACCUAGGAAUUAUCUUUUAUAAAACUGAUUGUGCGGCGGCAUUUUUUGUUUCGUUUUCUUUGAUUUUGAAAGUAGAAUGACAUUAAUUUGCAAAGAAUAUCACAUCAAAACUUCUGUGAACAAAGUUAAAAAAGACGAUACUAUAGAAGACUAUAAAAGUUUGAAAUGAGUCAAAUAUCAACUUAUCGUAGCUUCGAUACCAUGCACACAAAGCUGUCUUUUAAAGCAAUCUGCAAACGUUACAAAGCCGGACAGUAGACCGACUGUAACAGAUAUCUAUCAAAAUACCUAAUACAGUUUCAUUAACCUAUCAGAAUAUUUCAUUGACCUAUCAGGUUUAACUAUAACUAGGAGUGCAUCGGUUCGGUUAACCGAUGUUUCGGUUAAACCGAAACCGAAAUAACCGAACACCGGUUAUAACCGAAACCUAAAUAACCGAACGUCGGUUAUAACCGACGAAAUUUUAUAAUGUGCUCAGUUUUGAUUGUUACUGUUCUAGUUUUCAAAAUUUGGAUAAACUGAAAUCAGAAUUGCUGAUUUUUUGCGCAGAUAUGAUUUAGAUGGCAUUACUUAAAUUAUUUCUAGUUUAGAAUUAAAUUCUAUGUCGAUUAGGAUCUUUGAGAAAGCCAUUAAUUAGACAAGGAAAAAUGACUAAUUUUAAGUGAGAAAAAUGCACUACUUCUUCAUACCAAGAAAGCACUUUCAAGACUCGCUGCUUGAUGAAAAAUACAAGAUGCACGUAAUGCAAACUUACAGUGGAAUUUAUUGUUCAGCUUAUUAUAUACCAUUCGAUAGACCUUUUCAAGCAGAUCAAGAAUGUGUAGUUUUUAAUUUUUCGAGACUUUCUUUUCGUGUGGAAAAACCAAAAAUCAACCACUGGAAAAGAAGGGUGAGUCAUUUUGUAAACCUAUCUAGAUUUUGUAUGAGUCAUUGGAACUUUCAUUUGCACAUCAAUAGAUUCUCUUGAUGUUCGGCUUUAAACGUAUGUCGAGCUUUUUUUCAAAUUUUGUUUCGUUGCUGAGAAAAUUCAUUUUUUCUAAAUUAGAGGCGAAAAAGUCGGAAUUCUGCCCGUGAUUCUCAAUUUUCUCGAUCAGAACUCAACGUUUCAGCAAUAAAGAUAUCACAUUCGGCACCAGGAUCGUGGCGUUAUUUGCACAUAUACAUGUAUAUAGGACGGUAUAAUAAUUGUUGGCAUCAGGAAUACGCUGUAUCACUGAAUUCUUAUCAAUAUUCUUUCACGAUAACAACGAGAACCAGAAUUAUCAACAAUAUUAACAUUAAUUUUACAGAUAGAUGAAAUGUUUAAAAUGAUAAAAUACCUAAGUUAAAUAUUUAGUGUUUCAUAUGUAAAACAGUUCAUUAGUAUUAAAUAUGUGCAAUUAUUGAUUAUUAUUAUUCACAAUUGGUGUUGUUGAUCUUGUUAUUAGUCAUUACUAAUUCAAUAUCUAAAAACUUGUUUUUAUCAAAAGAUUUCCCCCCUUUAGUCUACUGAACAUAAAAAAAUUCACGUUUGGUUUCAAAUCGGCUUUAGUAGAUUGAAUUUAAUCUGUCAGGACAUUUUGACAUAAAAAAAUCUGUCGGGACAUUUUUUGAGUAAAAUGCUGUUUUCUCGCCAACGGUACUUGCUUAAGAGCUGGAAUUUUUACCAUAGAUCUACCAUAUUGUCAGCUAAAAAAAUAAAAACUUUUUUUUUAACAUAAGUCAACGAUAUGAUAUCUUUGACUUAUCACUUAUAGUUACCGAGAAAUCGAAGAAACAAAAUCAAAAAUCUGUCGGGAGUAGUCAUGCAACAAUCCUAAACUAGGAAUCGCUGAUUGGCACCGAACGGUUUGUUACCGAACAUGUUCGGUCACCAAACGGUUUGCCCCCGAACAUGUUCGUUCACGGAGCGGUUCGCUACUGAACAUGUUCGUUGCCGAUCAGCGAGCCCUAGCUUGAGAUGGUUGCAUGCCUGAUCUGGACUAAAGGCAAAUUGAAUGAAAUUGAAGCUUUUGAAGGAACUAACCAGUGAGAAAAUAGACUAAAGUACAAUGUGAGCGAAUGUGUCUUCUACUGAAUCGCUACC